GGCUCGCGAGAUCAGAACUCAAACGUAUAUAAGCGGCCCAUCGGGCCUUUCGCGGCCUUGGCGAUAUACGCGCGAUGAGGUCGAAAACAAAUAUGGCUAAUGAAACGGGAACAUUAGCAGCUGCAGCUCUUCCGGAUAACCAAGAUACAGAAGUAUCUGGCCCACAUUUAUCGAAGCACUCAAGGAAGAAAGCUUCAAAUUCGGCAAGAGAUGCCGGCCGGUCAUCUUCUGUGGCUAUGCAGAGCGGUCCUUCCCCAGCUUGUAUGAAGGCUGAGAGUCAGACGAAGUUACCCAAACCUAAAAUUAACCUCCGUGCCCUCUUUGAUUACCACUUCACACGAAAGCAGCACCGCUUCCGCAAAAGAUGGAACCCUACAGAGUGGAAACCAAGCACAUCUCGCAGGUAUAUCAGAAAAUGGCCGGGUAGGCACAGAAUUCCAGAAGAUGAACAAAGGAGGGGAAUGAAAGAGAGAGGAAUUGUAUUUCCUUUCGUGGAGAAAUAUUACGGCAGGAAGCAUCUCCCUUUAAAAACGGUGCAAGAAUAUGAGCAUGCAGCUCUGAAGGGGUUUUUCAAAUACAUUGAAAUGUUGAAAUAUGAAGAUCAUUUGAAGAAGUCCUUGACGCGGUUGAAUGCUGUGGGCGAUCUUGAAACUGAAUGUCUGGAAUCACGGAGGCACAAAUACCUGGAUGACGAUGGGCCCAUUUCUCCCAUUGCAGAGACCAGCAACGAGGAUUCUGGUAAUGAAGACAUUGGUGCCAAAAUAGUGGACAACAGCUGUUUCAUAUUGAGCAGCAAAAUUCCCAAGAAAAAGAAGAAAUUGAACUCGAGGAGAAAAUGAGCGGCAACAUUUGUUAGUAUUCAGGGCAUUUAGGUGGAAUGCCUAGAAGGCAUGCAAAUAAAAGUUUUAACGUUCUGAAGAUCCAAACUACCUUAAAUAAAGUCUCUUAAAAGCAAGCAAAAUACAGGACAGCAAAACCACUGAAUGUCCUCCAUGAUGUGCAUGUAUUUCAAAUGAAGGUUCAAGAAUGACUGGAUGAGGCAAAAAAAUGAGUUCAGGCGAACCGGUAGCAGUAAUUUGGCCGGGGUUGCCGAACCAGUAGCGACAGCUGACUGACCACGCCAGAAACUGAAAAGGGUUUUUAAAAAAUGUUCUGAACUCUGAUCAGAACAGAGACGUCGCCUAACUAUUUCCAACAUAAGCAGUCUGACGACCAUUAGUGGGAUUGGUCUACUUGUAUAAGAAUGGGACCCUAUUCCCUCUGUCAGACAGCACACAAUCACACAGCCGAUGAUGCAAGAGUCAAGAUUAAGAAAAGUGCAAGUGAGGAGGGCGGCAAUGAAAGAAUGAUGUGGAAACAUCUUAAAGUCAAAGACAAAUACCCCUUUUAUGUCAUUCAUUAGGGCAAAGAAUUCAAUGAUUUGGCCACUCAAACCCAGUCACAUAACUGCCAAGCCAACCCCCGCCCAGUCACAUGACCGCCAAGCCACGCCCGCCCAGUCACAUGAUCAACAAGCCACGCCCACAGAACAGGUACUAAAAACUUGAAACCCACCACUGCUUUCAGAUGUAUUCUCUUCAUCAAUUCCUCUGUUGUGACUCCGGCCUUCGAGCCUGUUCCCAUGGAGAAGAGUGACUCGGAAAGUGAGGGAGAGGAGCCAGCAAGGCCUCCCUCGCCAGGACCCUCCUCGCUGGCACCGCCCCAAGUUCCAGAUGCAGGCCAGGAGGAGGAGCUGACAAGGUCUCCCUCUCCCGCCCCCUCCUCCCUGGCAACACCUCAAGUCCCAGCUGCUGACGAUCAAUCCUGGGUGGAUCUGAGGCAGCGACGCAAAGGAUCUUGGACACGAGAUAACAGACUCAAAACUUGGCAGGAUUUUGCACGGUCACUGCCAAGUAUUUCCUCAGCUGAAGAAAAUCAGCACAACUCCACAACAGCCACCCGUCUACCGCAGAACACAACAGCCUACUGAAAGGCCUAAACUAUCACCCAGGGGAAUGCCAAUCAACUAGAAUUCUUUGCCAGUCUUAAAAGGAGCAUUUAAAACCCCAGGAGUUCCAAGAGACCUUCAAGUUUCAUCGCGCAGGGCUAGCUUAAUGUAGUUGUAAUGGGGGUUUUAUUUUAGUCUGUUUUGGCCUGAUCGAAUUAGCUUCUUAAAAUGUUUCUUAAUUUUUGUGAUAUUUGUUUUUAUUUGGCUGUCAACAACCCUGAGUCUUUCGGGAGAAGGGCGGUAUAGAAAUUAAAUAAAUAAAUAAGGAAGGAAGCAUCCGACAAGAAGAAGACAAGUACAGAACCAACUCGGAGCAGAAGACAGAGCAGGCCUCAAAAACCUAAAAGGGGUACCCAAUCACCAACAUCCUUCCAAAAGAUAAAGGUUAUCAUGGAUACCUUAGAAUAUAUACAAAAAGCAAAAGAAUUAGUAGAAGAGAUGAAUCCUACUAGAUUAGAUGAAUCCCACAGAAAAAUGAAUCCUCUGGAUCGAAAGAAAGCUCAGCGACCUCACCAAGAAAGAGCAAAUCACCAAAGAAGACCAGGGAAUCCCGAUAUACAACAUGGCUAAAGGGUUGACUUGGAUACCUCACAGCGGGAAGCAAAUACUCCCAUCAACUCCGUACAGUGCCUCCAAGUAAUCCAAGACAUGAGCUAGGCGAAGACAAAAGCAUCUUCACUUGAUGUCACAGCUCUUUUUACAUCCAUAGAUCCGAAAUUAGCCCAAAGAAUCUGUGACGGCACUGGGGUCUGUAAAAACCCCCCACAAAUCUUGCAUUUUCUUGCUUUGCUUCGUCACUGACCAUGUGUACCAGCUUAUGGAAGAAACUCUUGGAAAACAAAGGUUGGAAAACCAGUUUUGGGGGAAGAUAAAAG